GUUUUUCCUGAGAAGGCUUCUGCGCGUGCCGCCCGGCGAGGGGCACCGCUGGUGAUCUCCGCCGCAGUCAGCGCCGCGGCGCAGCGAUGCCGACAGCAGCGACGUAGUGUCAGUCUCUCUCAGCCCUUGCCUCCAACCAGAAGGGGUAAGAAGCGCCGCCCCCGCCCAACCAACCUGCCGGGCGCCAACCUCAAGCUGCUGUCCAAGUACGGCGAUCUCGAUGCUGCGGCCAUCGCGGGCGACGUGGAGACUGCAGCGGCCAUCUUUGAGGAGAUCCGGCCACAAGUGCCGGAGAAUUUGAUGCGCUUGACCUACAAUACCGUUAUCAAGGCAUGCGCUAACGCGGCCAACCUCAUCGAGGCCGAACGAUGGUACGGCCGAUUGCUUGGCGCAGGGUUGCUUCCGAACAAGGAGACCUUUGGGAAGCUGUCCAAGGCCGCUGCCAAAGCAGGGGACCUGAAGUCGGCGGCGCAGUGGGUCGAGGCCCGCGGAGAGAGCGAGCUCGAAGUAAAUCAAGUGGCGAUGAACAUCUUGAUCGACGCCUCCUCCAAGAGUGGACAGGGCUCAGAAGCUUCUCAGUGGCUUGAAGAAAUGAGAAGUCGGCGCAUUCUUCCCUCCGCAGAGAGCUACAACUCGGUCAUUGAUGCAUGCGCCCGCGUGGGCGAUGUGCGAAAUGCUGAGAGGUUUUUCGCGGAGAUGGAGGCUGCGAAUUUGUGCCCUACGACGCAGAGUUUUAGCGCUCUGAUCAACGCCUGUGCCAAGAGCGGCGAGACCGAGCGUGCCGCGAUGUGGCUUGAGAGCUUCCACCAACGAGGCUUUAGCCCGAACGUGUGGUGUUACACUGCCCUCAUCGAUGCCUAUGCGCGCCAGGGCAAUGCCCUGCGCUGCGAGCAGGUCCUGCGGGCGAUGAUCGAGAAGAAGGUGGCGCCGAAUGAGCUAAGUUACAGUUGCAUCAUCAAUGCAUAUGCCGAUGCAGGCAACGAAGAGGAGUGCCAGAGACAUUUGCAUGAAAUGCAGCAGCAGGGGGUUACACCCACGACGGCGACGUAUUCCACGCUCAUCAAGUGCAGCGCAACGAGAGGCGAUGUCGAGUCUGCAGAGGUCUGGUUCCGACGAAUGGGCGAGGCGGGCCUGGUACCGGACACCCAGAGCUACAACAACGUCCUGGCCGCUCGCGCUGACGCACGGUGUGCUGAGACCAUGGGCCCCGCGGAGGCCUGGUACCAGACAAUGCUGGACCACGGUGUCCAGCCCAACAAGGUGACACGCAACACGCUCAUCUAUGGCUAUGCUCGCAGAGCCAUGCCGGAGGAGGCGAAGGCUCGGCUCUAUGAGUUGCAGGAUCGAGUCCCCGUAGAUGAGGAGAGUUACAAAAUUGUCUGGACUGCCCACGAGAAGUUGGGGGACUUGGACCAAGCCGAAGCCUGGGCGUUGCGUAUGCUGGACGACAACUUCCCGCCAGGGCUUGGGACCUACCUCUGGCUCAUCGAAGCGCAUGCCAAAGCCGCAAGCGCUGACGGCGCCACCAGCUGGCUACGCAGGAUGCAGUCGGCGCAGUUUGCCCCGGGUGUGACCUGCUACAGCAACGUCAUCAAAGCCUGUGCUGCGAAGGGGGAUGCCAAGACGGCUCUCCAACAUUGGCGAGACAUGGAGGCCAACUCCGUCCAACCCGAUGAGAUCUGCUUUAAUGAGAUCAUCCGCUUGUACGUGCGGCAAGGAGAUGCCAAGCGGGCAAAGGAGGUCCUGGACUCGAUGUUGCAGAGGAGCCUCCAGCCUACGGACAUCAAUUACAACACUGUCAUCAGCGCGUGCGCCAAAGCCGGUGACGUAGAGCUUGCGGAAAGCCUCGUAGCAGAGAUGCAGAUGCGACGGUUUGAGCCGGAUCAGUUCGCCUUCUCCGGACUGGCAUCCGCCUGCGCCAAGCACGGAGAUUCCAGUCGAGCACGUGAGGUCUUGCUGUCCAUGGCCCAGCGGCGGCUUGCGCCAAACCAGCAUGUCUACAGCGCCGUGAUCAACAGCUGCGCGCGCGGCAGCGACGCCGCAGCAGCGCACGGGGUCCUCGAGAGCAUGGAGGAGGAUGGUGUAAAGCCGAACGUCGUGUGCUUCAGCUCAGCCAUCAACGCCUGCGCGAAAGCUGGAGAUGCAGCGCGAGCGGAGGCGCUAUUUUCCAUGAUGCCGCUGAAGCAGGUGGUUCCAAACGAGUACAGCUACGCGGCUCUCAUACAGGCACACGGCAAAGCCCUCGACAUUCCACGAGGCUGGCAGCUGCUGGGAGACAUGAAGCUCGCUCGUCUCGCGAUCAAGGCAAAUACGCUGAAGCCCCUGCUGUCUGCCGCCGUUCAGGUGGGUCCCGAGGCUUUUCAUUCCGUCUUCGAAGGCUUUCUGCAAGGAGGCCUGCCCGUCGACGAGGCGAUGAAGAGUCGAGCCAUCAAGGUCUUGGGCGUUAAGACGGCUCGUAGCCUGCUGACGAAGUAUGGGCGCCCGAAGAAUCAGCCACCUGCUGCCGGAGUGUCUGGCGAGUGA